AAUCACGAAACAAAACUCAACUACGUUCUUAUCUUAUUUUGUGUAGGACGAAGACGAUUGAGAUGGGUAUCGAUCCACGUUUUUAUUGAAAAGGGUAAGAGGGGACCGUAUUUUGGACUUUGUGUUUGUUUGUACCUUUCUCCCUCUUCUCUAACACUCCCGAAUGUUGUAACCUUAACAACAAGCAAGCACUCACCUCUUCAUAUUUAUAACCAUUUCUUCUUGUGUUUGUUCUCCAUUUUGGGUUUCUAAUUUCAUCAAAAAAUGGGUGAUGGAAAUGGUGCUAGAGUCACCAACUGUGAUGUUGGGUUGGGAAUCAACUUUGUGUCAUCUUGUAAAAAGAAUGGUGGGGUUAUGGGGGUUUCUGGGAAAGUGCUUUUUACUGCAACUCAGUGGGAAGAACUUGAGAGACAGAAGAAGAUCUAUAUGUAUAUUAUGGCUUGUAUACCUGUGCCUCCUCAGCUUCUCUCACCUUUAUCUGUUCAAUCCAACAGGGUGAGCACAGGUUUGAAAUUCUCUAACGGGUCGGAUCCAGAGCCAUGGAGGUGUAGAAGAACAGACGGAAAGAAAUGGAGAUGUGCCAAGGAUGUGGCUCCGGACCAGAAAUACUGCGAGCGACACGCCCACAAGACCCGAUCCCGUUCAAGAAAGCCUGUGGAAACCCAAUCGCAGAACCUCACAAUCUCUGCCGCACAUCAACAAACCAGGUUCAUGAAGAACAGUAGCAUCCCCGUCUCGCAAUCGAACAACAACCAAUUUCAGUUACCGUUGCAGUCAUCAAGCGUAGGAUCAAGAAACGACCAUAUUUCCAAACAAGAUUUCAAGGGAGUUCAACCGCAAAAUUCCUACUUAGACCGCGAUAAUCAUUAUUUAAACACUAGUGGUACGGAUUGGUCAAGAAUCGCGAGUGGGGACGAAUGUUCACUUACGUUAUCAACGCAAUCUGGUGCGAACGAAGUUGAGUUUGAUGAUGAGAGUUUUCAAAUGGCGGUUGGAAUGUUGCGUGGUGAUAGAGAUGUUUACAAACCAAACCACCAGCGGCUGAACCAAGCUUCUUGGGGGGGUUCGGGUGUGACACCUGGCGGGCCGUUAGGUGAAGCGUUGUGUCUUGGGAUAGCUAGUACUCAAAAUGAUCCGUAUUCUCAGGGGUAUAGUUACAGCACGACUACCAGCAGCUCGUGUGAAGGCGGGAGUAGUCAUGGGCUUGAUUUCGAUUUUGUGAACCAACGCGAUGAUUGAGGUUUUAGGGUUGUUUUGUGUUUUGUAGGAUGAUUCUACAGAAAAUCAGUGAUAAUGUAGGAGUCCAGUUUUACCUGAUAAUGCCAGCAAUGUGAUCCAACAAACUUGUUCAAACA